UACAGCAGCACAUCUUUCAUUCUUUCCUUCUUGCUCGUCACUUCCUGUUUGAGAAGGUGUGCGAAUCGAGAAUCUCUCAUUUCUGUCUGUCGCAUCCGAGUUAAAGAAUGGCUCCGAGAUAUGAAUUAGCAGUUGGUCUCAACAAAGGCCACAAAACAACAAAAAUUCGUGUGGCUAAAAAUAAAUCAGAAAAGGAAAAGACCGUCUGUCUUCGACCAUCAAGACUCAAGGGAAAACAAACUAAGCAUGGCAAAUUUGUGAGAGAUUUAAUUCGCGAAGUGACAGGACACGCUCCUUAUGAGAAGCGUGCAAUGGAAUUACUGAAAGUCUCCAAGGACAAGCGUGCUCUGAAAUUCUUAAAGAGACGACUGGGUACACAUAUUCGCGCAAAAAGGAAGCGUGAGGAACUAGGCAAUAUCUUGGUACAGAUGAGAAAAGCAGCAGCUCAUCAUUAAUUUUCUUUCCCAAUUAUACUUACCUAAAUAAAUACAUAUUUCACGAAAUGUU